AUGAUACAGAAUUCAUUUGUUCGUCUAAAUGGAAUAUCGAAUAAUAUAUGGCAUUUGCUGCUCAAUCGUCCAUCAUUGCAUAAUGCUUUUAAUACACAACUAGCCAAUGAAUUGAUUGCGCAUUGUCAUCACAUUGAUACAUCAAAUGAUAUUCGAGCAGCCGUAAUUGUGUCUGGUCAAGGGCAAUCAUUUUGUUCGGGUGCUGAUCUUAAAGAACGUAAAUCAAUAAAAAGUUCAAAACAAUGGAUGGAACAACAUCGUAUAUUUGAAUGCAUGUUCAAUUCGUUAGCACGAUUAAAACAACCAACAAUUGCUUGUGUCGAAGGUUUUGCUUUAGCUGGCGGUUUUGAAUUAGCGCUUAAUUGCGAUAUAAUCAUUGCCUCUCGUUCUGCAUCAUUCGGAUUACCCGAAGUUACUCGUGGAAUCAUGCCUGGUGGUGGUGGAACUCAAUUACUUACGCGUCUUGUUGGUCCAGCUCGAGCUAAACAUAUUGCUAUAACUGGUCGACGACUAACUGCUCAAGAAGCUUACGAUAUGGGAAUUGUUCAAAUAUUAACCGAUGAAAGUGACGCAUUAAAUAAAGGAAUUGAAUUGGCAACGGUAAUAGCUGCUAAUGCUCCAUUGGCAACACGUGCAAUAAAACAAGCCAUUGACGAAGGCUGGGGUAAAAAUAGCGAUGAAGCUAAAGCAAUUGAAUUGAAAUAUUAUAAAGAAUUAAUUGAUACCGAAGAUCGUCACGAAGGAAUUCGAGCAUUCAAUGAGAAAAGAAAACCGCAAUGGAAAGGAAAUUAA